GUCGAAGAUGUGCGGCAGAAAGAGAGAAAAAUUUCGGUGGAAACCGACACAUGUGACCAGCUGUGGUGGGACCGGCUCGUGGCCCCGGAGGAGGAGGAGGAAGUGUUCCUCCCACUUUUCUGGCGGAAUGACUCGGCGGACGGGCUGCUCGAAUGCAGCUUUCUGGAAUUAAAAGAAGGAGUUCAAACAGGCCUUUUUGUGAAGAGCGGGGCGAUGGUUCAGCCGGGGCCCAGUGGCAGCACGGCGGGGGCUCCGGACCCCCCCGACGGGACGGAGAAGAUAAAAUCCCUGAGGCACUUCCCCCCCUACGGCAGCAUCAACGGAGACACCUGCCCGACGUGCCGGGGCACCGGGCGGAUCCCCAGAGGUCAGGAGGCCCAGCUUGUUGCCGUGAUACCGUGUAACGACGUCAGGCUGAAGCCCAGACGCACGAAGCUGUACGUGUUCGUGUCCAUGGCCAUGUGUCUCCUGGUCUGCUGCCUCAUCCUCUUCUUCUUCUUCCCGCGGAGCGUCCGCCUCACGCCGGUGUCGGUGCAGUCGGUCACCGUCUACUUCACCAACGACACGGUGGAGAUGGACGUGGUGAACCUCAUCAACAUCACCAACGAGAACUUUGUCCCCGUCCAGAUAGUGGACUUCACCAUGCAGGGGCUGGUGACCGACACCAUUGUGGGCAAGACCAAGCUGACCGACAUGAGCUCCAUCCCGGCACGCUCGCAGAAGUCGUACACCAUCCAAAUAGAUCUUCCCAUCAAGGACAAAGGCCUAAACUCCUACUGCAAGUCCUCCACCAUCAAGAUCCACACCUUGUUUCUGCAGCUGCAGAUGACGAUGAACAUCUCUUAUCUCUCUCACACGGAGCAGCUGUCUCUGGACACCUUCGAGUACAUCGACUGCGGCACCAACUCGACCAUCCCACAUCCUGUGAGAUGAUUCACGUUAAGAGCAGCAAAGCGGCACUUUGAUCGUGAGUGAAUGAGAAAUCCUGGCGUUCUCGCCCCCUGACGUGGCCCCGGCUGGGCCCUGGGACCCCAAUCACUUACUAAAAUGUUAUAAAUCAACUGUAGUCUUCCUGUAUAGCUGUUUGUUCUCUUUUCUUAGUUUGUAAAUAUGUCGCACAGCCCUCGAGCCUCAUAUGAAAACUGUAAAAAUGUGACCUUUGAUGAUCUUGUCAUUUGCACUUUAUUAAACUAAUAUUUGUGGCUCCAUGGCAUUGUUGUUUGCGAGAUACCUUCCAGAAGUCUGAAGGACUUUUUACCAUCAUCUCUCAGAGUGUGCUUGCCCAUUUGAAGGCCAUCUUAGGCAGG